CAUUCGGGCAAGCGUCGUCGCUGACCGGCUGCCUCAAUGGUUUUUGUGGUAUGACCCGUGUGAAUCUGACCCCUUUCCAAGUCCAUCUAGAGCUCGGCCCACGGCUUUGCGGCGCCUCCUAUAUCUUCGGACCGGAAGAUCCUCGAUAUCCGCAGGCGAGUCUUAGAUUCCAAGAGUAUCUGCCCCCGAAAUUCCUCUUGAUAGUUCGGAUUGGGUGUGCGGACGACAUCUCUACUGUGAUCGAGUACGCCUUCCAAAACAGCAUUCCCUUCUACACGGUCAAUCGAGGCUACGCGGUGCCAAUUUCGCAGGGCAAGUUCAAGGGAAUCGGGCUUGAUGUUCAGCUCUUGACCGACGUGAUCGUGGAUCGAAAACGGAACAUUGCGCUUAUCUCCGCUGGAGCAACCAAGCAGGGCGUCAUUGAUGCACUCUGGGCAGAGGGUUAUGUUACGACCACUGGAGCCGCCUCGUGCACGGGUAUGGUCGGUCAGGCACUGGGUGCCGGCCACGGAAGGUACAAGACGCGCUAUGGCUUGAUGAUCGAUAAUAUUGUUCAAUUGAAUGUCGUGCUGGCGAAUGGAACUACGAUCGCAAUCUCCGAGGACAGCCACGAGGACUUGUUCUGGGCCAUGAAGGGUGCCGGGCAGAACUUUGGUGUAGUGACGAGCUUCGAGAUGAGGAUCCAUCCGCAUGAGGAGGACACUUGGUAUUUCCGAAACUACGUGUUUACGCAAGAUAAGCUUGAGCCCCUUUUCGAGAAAUUGAAUAACUUGGCGGGUAACGGUACGCAGCCGGUGGGGAUGGAUGUCUUCUUUGGCCAUUACGAGUUCAAUCCUAUGAUCAGUGUUAAGGAGGUUGUUCUCUUCUGGACUUUUCAGUACGCCGGUCCACAGAAAGAGGCAGAGAAGUACUUGGCUCCGUUCGAUGCUCUCGGCCCGAUUAACGUCACGGAUGGGAAUGUGCCUUUCCCUGACAUCACUAUAGCCUCGAGGAAUGGAAACCUCGACAAGACCUGUGCGAAAGGCUUUCCAAAGCAGUGGGCUACGAUAGGCCUACAAGUCUACAACGCGACAGCAUGUCGCCAAGUCUAUGACCUUUUCAGUGCUACCCUCAAGGCAUACCCAGGCUUGAGCACAUCUGUGAUCCUAUUCGAGGGGUAUUCCGUUGAGGCCGUCAAGGCCAUUGACCCAGCGGCUUCGGCUUUUCCACACCGUAAUGACUAUAUCAACGUAGUCGUUCAAAUAACGUACCAUCCGAAUCCCAAACUUGACGCCCCUGCUCUGCAGCUCGCCAUAGCAGUUCGUGAUCUGUUCAUUGAUGGCCAGCCAAAUCGGCUUCCCAGUGCACAUGUUAGUUAUGCACUCGGCAUUGAGCCUCUCGAGCAGAUUUACGGGUAUGAGCCGUGGCGUCUGGAGAAGUUACGGGCUCUCAAGGCUGAGUAUGACCCAUACAACAAAUUUGCUUAUCACCUUCCUGUUAUCCCCUUGGAAUGA